AUGAACAUUAGAAAGACCAAAGAGGUUCUGCUCGAAUCACUCAACAAGAACGAGCAAUCAGCCAAUGGCCAGUCCCAGCCCAAGGAGUCCACAAACCCUCAGUUCAAGAAAAUGGGCCGGAGCUUCCCAUCGGCCAAUGGGGAGGUUGGUGGAGAGGCCCCCAAGGGCUACACUCAGGACCAGGUGGAUGCAGUGAAGAGGGUAAAGCAAUGCAAAGAUUACUAUGAAAUUCUGGGAGUAAACAGAGAAGCUUCUGAUGAGGACCUCAAAAAGGCUUACCGGAAACUUGCACUGAAGUUUCACCCAGAUAAGAACCACGCACCAGGGGCUACAGAGGCAUUUAAAGUCAUUGGUAAUGCAUACGCAGUAUUGAGCAACCCAGAGAAGAGGAAGCAAUAUGACCAGUUUGGAGAUGAGAAACUCAACCCAGCUCGGCACGGACACAGUCACUCGGACUUCCACCGCGGGUUUGAGGCAGACAUCUCCCCUGAGGACCUCUUCAACAUGUUUUUUGGUGGAGGUUUUCCUUCUAGUAAUGUCCACGUGUACAGCAAUGGCAGGAUGCGAUAUACCUACCAUCAGAGGCAGGACAGACGAGAACAUCAGGGUGACAGUGGCCUUGGGUUGUUUGUCCAGCUGAUGCCUAACCUCAUCCUGAUCAUUGUGUCUGCUCUCAGCCAGAUGAUGGUCUCCAGCCCACCUUACAGUUUGAGCCAUAGGCCGUCUGUGGGUCACACACACAGGAGAGUAACAGAGCACUUGAAGGUCAUCUACUAUGUAUCUGAGAACUUUGCAGAUGAAUACAUGGGCAUGAACCUGAAAAAUGUUGAAAAGAGCAUGGAGGAGGACUACAUUGCAAACCUUCGAAAUAACUGCUGGAAAGAGAAGCAGCAGAAGGAAAGCUUGUUGUACCGGGCACGCUACUUCGGAGACUCAGAUCUGUAUCGACGAGCACAGAGCAUGAGCACCCCCAGCUGUAGCAGACUGUCAGACGUUCAAGCCCUGCAUGGACAGUCACCGCCUGCCCGCUCAGCAGAGGUCUAAACUCUUGAAAUGCCUGAAGACUUUUGGUGAAGUGCACUGA